AUGUCACGUAGUGUCUUGUCGUCUGAUUGGUUGAAAAACGUUCUCUCGCUUCCAUUGCUGACUGUAAAGCAACGCAUUGCCUUCGGAAUUUUUCUCCUACAACACGUACUGUACCCAGUUGAAUCAUAUGUGCGUAGGCGUGUCAAACCUCCCUCGUGCGUACCCCGCGCUGAGGGAAGUUUUGUAGUUUUAGAAGGUUCUGCACUUCUGUAUUGCGAUUAUCCAUUAAAAUAA